UUGUUUAUUGAUAGUUCAUUUACAACGUAAAUUUCUACAGAUUUCUUGCUAAUAAUUUCGUCGAAAUGGGGUGUGAUGGUGGAACUAUUCCUAGGAGAGAUGAAUUGGUGCGAUUAAAGAAGAAACCAGAACAGAAAGAUAAAGACGCUGAAAGACAGUUCCGUUGGAAGCAUUGCACUCUCACGCAGGAACGUCUCCAAAAACCUAUCGUAAUGUGUGGCCUUGGAAGGGUUUACUCGAAGCAAAACAUUAUUGAAGCACUCCUGGAAAAGGGCCGAAUUCCGGAAUCGUGUAGCCAUAUUAAGUCAUUAAAGGAUAUCAAGGAUCUGAAUUUGACCGCAAACCCUGCUUACGAAGCAAGCCGUGAUGACAAAAGUGCUGAAUUCAUUUGUCCCUUGAUCGGAUUGGAAAUGAGCGGCCAGUUCCGUUUUGUGGCCAUCUGGAGCUGCGGGUGCGUUUUUUCGGAGCGUGCCUUGAAGGAAAUCAAAGACAAAGCUUGUUCAGUGUGCCAGACUCCAUUCACUGAGCAGGAUGUUGUAAUUUUAAAUGGUACCGACGAAGAUGUUGAUUCGAUGCGCACUCGUAUGGAAGCUCGCGUAGCUCGUGCUAAAGCGGAAAAGAAAGCCAAAGCAGAUAAAAAGGCGAAAGCCAAGGAGAGCCUUCCCGCAACCCAAACAUCUAAUUCCUUGGAAAAUGAUUGCAAUGAAGCGGGUCCAUCGAAACCCAUUACCAAUGGAAAACCGGGAUGUUCGACUAGCAAAUCGAUUAUAACCAACAAACGAGCUUUGAUAAGCGAUAAAAUUGGAGAUGACCCUUUGUUUAAGAAAUCUAAACAAGAUUAUAGUGUAGCAAGGGACCCGAGCGCCACUGCAGUGUAUAAAUCGCUUUUCACAACACACGAGAGCGAACAGGACCAGAAACGAGCCCACUGGGUUACUUAUAAUCCUUUCUAUAAUUAGUACCUUAUGAUAAUAUAUUGAUCAAAAAUGAAAUUUAUUUAACUGUGGUGAAAACAGUAAGUAAUACCGAAGCAACCUGACAAGGGUUUAACCAAUUAGAUAUACAGCGCUGCCCUUUUUGUUUACGACUACGACUACGUCUUAGUUUAGCGGGAUUGCUGCAAAAUUAAAUAUGUAAUAGGUACCGACACUGUAAUAAAGGUUUUA